UGACUGGAUGUAGUGCACUACUGGUUUACCUGUAGCUUAAAUGUAGUGUACUACUAGUUUACCUGUAGUUUAAAUGUAGUGCACCACGGUGUAAAUGUUAGCUUACACUAAACUGUAUAAACAGGUGAUAUAGUUUGUUAUACCACACAUUUUGUUAAGUGUACAUUUGUAAUUUAUAGAAAUACUCAAGAAAUCACAAUAGAUGCACUAGCUUUUGUGUUCUAAUUGGGUGUACGAUUCCUGAAAAAAGGGGUCGGAUCGAGGUUUAUUGGUUUGCUCCCAUUUUAAGAAAGUUAUUUAUCGUAUUGCUAAAGUGCAUGCAUGUAUACAGUGUGUAUUUCUAUUUUGUUUUUCCAUUGCAGUAUACACUAGAACCUAUUCCUAUUGGUCAGUUGUAAGGAAUUCUGGUGAAGUGACGCAGCAAAUCAGCAGUUUGUGCCUCUUUGUGGUUGCCUAUAUCUACAUGUACAACCAGAAACUAUCGCCGCGGUUGUUAGUGAUAGCCAUGGCAGCGGUUACCAUGGUUGGUUACCUGGUCAAGCUUUACACAGACCAUGUGAUAGGAAUCAAAGGUCCACAUAGAACAGUGCUAGAUGAUUUGAAGACAGCUGUGAUAUUUACGGGGUUCAGUUUUGGCUUGUCUCCAGUUCUGGUCUCAUUGACAGAAACUAUCUCCACUGAUACCAUUUACGCCAUGACAACAGUGAUGCUGCUCGCUAACCUCAUCUUCCAUGACUACGGAGCAAGCGCUGCAAUGGUUUCAGAGGCUUUGUCUCUCAAUGCUGGGAUAUUCGCCUCGGUGUGUCUGGCCUCCAGACUCCAUACAACAUGGCAUGCCUUUGCUACAGUCACACUUUCCCUACUCGUGUUUGGUCUCUGGCCAAUGUUGAGGAAACAAAUGAAGAAGGCUAUCCCAGGAAGCCAGAUUGGAAUGACCUUGACCCUAUGUUGUGUAUCCAUUGUUGCUUUGGUAACAGUGUCAGCAGUUGCAGCUGUCCUGGGGAUAUUGCUCAUAUUGUUCAUCACAUUCGUAUGUCCAGCUUGGCUCAUCAGUCUUCAGCCUUACAAAAACAAUAUAUACGGUCCCUGGGAUGAAGCUGUCAUUCAAACCAAAUGAAAACGGCAGUAAUACAUUACCCUCAGGUAGAUGAAUACUCUAAAAGUCUCAGAUGUCUUCACAUCUGUUAAACAGCGCAACGAUGUCUCUACACCUCUUGAACAGUGAACAUCUGUUGCACACUAAAACAGCCAGAUGAUUCUGCAUUGGUUGAAAAGAAGAAGUCCAAGAUCUGUUCAACAAUGAAAGUGCAAGAUGUUUCCGCAUCGGUACAACAGUGACAGUCCAAGAUCUAUUGAAUAGUGUAAGUGCAAUAUGUUUCCGCUUCGGUUGAACUGUAGAAGUCCAAGAUCUGUUGAACAAUAGAAGUGCAAUGUUUCUGCAUCAGUUGAACUAUAGAAGUCACUGUUGAACAGUGACUUUGCAAGACGUUUUGUAUUGGUUGAACAGCGGAAGUCCAAGAUCUGUUUAACGGUGAAAGUGCAAGACGUUUCUGUAUUGGUUGAACAGCGGAAAUCCAAGAUCUGUUGAACAGUGAAAGUGCAAGAUGUUUCUGCAUUGGUUGAACAGCGUAAGUCCAAGAUCUGUUUAACAGUGAAAGUGCAAGACGUUUUUGCAUUGGUUGAACAGUAGAAGUCCAAGAUCUGUUGAACAGUGAAAGUGCAAUGUUUGUACAUCAGUUGAAUUAUAGAAGGCCAAGAUAUGUUGAACAGUGACUUUGCAUGACGUCUCUGUAUUGGUUGAACAGCGGAAGUCCUAGAUCUGUUGCAAUGUUCUACAUCAGUCGAACUAUAGAAUUCCAAGAUCUGUUGAACAGUAAAAGUGCAAGAUGUUUCUGCAUUUGUUGAACAGUGGAAAUAUUUAACGUGUGGCCCAAAUUGUUUUUUUUUUUUUUUAAUUGGUAAACAAGUCCGCAAUCGGCACCUUUUG